CCCCAGCUUUUCGAGCUUCUGUGGACGGCGCUGGUGCAGGACUCCAGGACAGGCUGACGUGACACUAUGAUCCAUAAACUGCUUCCUCUCCUCUGUCUCAGGCUGUGUGCUGGCCAAGACCUAAGAAGAGACGGAGAAUUACCUAAACCUUCCCUCCACGCCCGCCCAGGGCGUAAGGUGACUGCAGGAGAAAACGUGAUUCUGCAGUGCCAGCUGCCCAGGCCUGUGACAGAACCUCACACGUUUGCUUUACUGAAGAAAGGAACCUCAACACCCAUACAGCUCCAGAGUGCAGUAGGAAUUCAGACAGACUUCUCCCUGCCAAGUGUGACAGGCAGUGACACUGGGGCCUACAGCUGUGUGUACUACCAAACAGGGGCUCCUUUCUGGGCCUCAAGGCCCAGUGAUGAGCUCACCAUCUUGGUGACAGAUGCCCCUGGUGCCACAUCAACAGAUUACACCACGGGUAACCUCAUCCGACUGGGACUGUCUGCCCUAAUUACGGUUCUUAUGGUGGCUUUCCUGGUGGAAGCCUGGUGGAGCCAGAGGAGGUCUCCAAGUGGGUCCAGCAAUUAAAGUGCCAAUCAUUGUGGAAGAAGCAGAGCAGCAGGU